AUGCGUCAACAGAUUCAGCGCCGCGACAGCAAGAACUUCCUGGUGGUCGAUGAAGACUGCGGCACUCCAACUUCCCUCGUCGAAAACUAUCGGGCAUACAACGGAAAAGGGCCAUUGGCCCAGUCAGAUCCACGGGAGUACCUGCUGUCGAUGUCGGAGUACGACAAAGCGCAAGCUUACGAUGUGUAUGACUACCCAACAGCCACACGACAAGAACAGGGUCAGAACACCUAUGGCGAAUUUGCAACCCACCCGACCUACACAGGCGAUUAUGUAGCUGCUCAGGCGCAGGUACCAUCUGGCCUCCCACAGUCAUCCACCAAUCUAGGUCUGGUACAACCUGCUGCGCAGUAUGGCACGCAUGAUCCAACCUAUUAUGGUCAGCAGGUUAGCCAAUACCCUGCAUAUCUGGAGCCAGCUCGUCCUCUUCCGGCAAUUUCGCAUUAUGCGCCACACGGAGGUCAACAAGGCACGAAAGUCACUGUCCACUUCCAAAGCGUCUACGACUUUGACGCACCUCAGAUCACGCCAAUCAUCAUGUUUGGCAACAAGAGGUGCCAGAGUGUUCUGCAAAAGUCGUCAUCGCAAGGCAACGCCUUCCAAUACACCCUGGCGGCCGAGGCACCUACAAUGAACGAGACAAAUUCACCAUCUCCAGUGGUUCCGCUCCAUCUGGUACUCGAUGAUGGGUCAGUAAACUGGGAAUCGCCCUCAAUCGAGUUUGGAGAGUUCACAUACCAGCCGGACCACCCAACUUACUACCAGCUCGACUCUCCUCAGAUGCCCGCGCAACAAUUGCAAGCCCCUCGAAAACGCAAAUUGUCGACUGAAGCCUCACCGCGUCGUUCGCCGAUCAAGAAAGCAUCGAUGUACAACCUGGGAGGACAACAAUCCGGUUAUGAGUCGAUUGAUGGCGCUUCGUCGUUCAGGCGGCCGAGUGUUCCAGAGAUAUCAUAUCAUGAUCGCCGCUUCAGCUCCGAGUAUCAGUCGACCUACGGUGCUGCCAUUUCUCGCGCUCCAUCGACGCAAUACUAUGGCUCGGUCGGUCAGCCCACGCCUUCACUGCAGACAUCGCACAGCCCCUCUUGGUCGUACCCACAUGCGAUGCAUGCUUCUACUCGCAGUCCGUCUGCAGCCAUGUCGGCUGUCAGCAGGAGUUCGCAGCUAUUACUUUCUCCAGCGACAGGCCAUCCGCCGCCACUCAUCCGAACGUCGACAUUACACCAAUCACCUACCACACCGGGCGCCGCCAUGACGACUGUUGCGACAGGAUUCAAUCCAUACACAAUCUACCCCGCAAACACGAAAGCAAUGUUGAAGAUCGAUGGCGACCUCAACACUAUGGCAGACAAGUGGACGCCGGAAGAAUGGGAGACGAAGCGGCGCCUUGUCCAGUUUCGUCGCAGCCAAACAGGGAGCAUCAUUACCGCCACAUUCGAGCCUGUCACGCUGGAAGAUCGCAUCCCAAACAGUAUCUGUGUCAGCUGCAUAUGGUGGGAAGAGAAGCAAGAGUGUUACGUCACCUCCGUGGACACCAUUUCGCUUCUGGAGUCGUUGGUGGCAGUGCGCUUCACGGUCGAAGAGAAGAACCGGAUCCGUCGCAACUUGGAAGGCUUCCGCCCGGCGACAGUGUCGAAGACGAAGCAAGACAGCGAAGAGUUCUUCAAGCUGAUCAUGGGCUUCCCCAAUCCGAAGCCGCGAAACAUCGAAAAGGACGUGAAGGUGUUCCCAUGGCGCAUCUUGGCAACGGCUUUGAAGAAGAUCAUUGGCAAAUAUUCUGCAAGCUAUUCGUCGACGGCUGGCGCGUUGCACACACCAAGUGCUUCGGGCUAUGCUACAACCAGAGCUUCCGAUGCCGGCAUCGACCAUCGAACGGCAGCCUCGCCGCGUUCGACCUCGAGCUCCGUAGCGUCGCAUAGUCACGCAUACGCGCCGCCGCCUCAGUCGCAUCAUGUAUAUGCGCACGGCAUCGGGCCGUCAGCAGGUCCAUCGGACAUGAGGCUCGCCGUACCGACAUCUGCAGGUGCACAAACAACGUCCUGGCACCAGCCGUCGUCGCAGUACUCCUCCGACCUGGCUGGCCGUGCGUGGGAAUUUUCCGCCGGCUACCUCAGCGCACCAGCGACCGGGCUGCCAGGAAGCGCACAGGGCCUGCCAGGAACGGCGCAGUCGUACCCGUACCAGCGCGUCCCUUCUUUGACAGCGCCGACCACAAUGCCAACCGAAGCCAGGUUCGUGCCCUUGCACGAUUACGAAGGUGCAAGUCAUCCGACGUCGACUUCGUAG